GGUACAGACAUGUUCGCCACUUCGCUUCUCUCAUUUAUGACCGCAGGACAAGUCACUGGUGUCGUAUUUGGAAAGGCUGCAGGGCACGUUAGUUCGUUCAACAAUACACAAAACUAUUCUAUUGCACUGUAUGUCGGGAUUAACGGAUACACUCACAGAGUUCUGAUUGGAAGCAGAAAGGAGCAGUUUACAUUGAUUGUAUCGUUGCGCAGCCCCAUGCUUUGGAUACCAAGCAUAACAUGCACCACUCCUGCUUGUCAAAGUAAAAACCGAUUUGAUCCAUCGCAGUCAAGCACAUUUGCGGAUGAUCUUAGGCCAUGGUCUCAAAAAACUUUUGGAUUGGUUUCAGGUGUCCAUGGAAAAGAUACUGUAAGAAUCGGUUCUGUAGACGAAAGACAGAUGCCGGUCAAUUGCACUUUUGGCUUGGUUACAGAUUUGUCGAACGAGAGUAGCCUAAUUGUUGCAGAUGGAGUAUUUGGUCUUGGAGUCACUCGUGAAAGCGGAAUUCCCAGUGAACCUUUUUUGUUACAGCUCUUUCAAGAGAAGAUCGUGAACCCUGCGAUGUUCACUAUCUAUUUAUAUCAUCAGCUGACCUCGUCAAAAGCAGGAUUGGUAACUUACGGCUCCACAGAUUCUACCAACUGUGUGCCAUUCAUUCACUACCACAAGGUCUCAUCAGGCACGUCUAUUCAACUACAGACAAUUUCAAUGGGAACAUUUACAACUAAUCAGACGACUAUGAUGCCCGAGCUUGUUCCUACUAUCGUGGGUCCAAAGGCUGACGUGGAAAAGAUAGCAAGCAGUGUGGGAGCGAAGUACAUGUUUGAUCAUUACGACAUUCGUUGCGAUGCAACUCUACCUGAUUUUGAGUUCUUUAUCGAGAAAACAAAGUAUACAAUCGCUUCGGACAAGUUGAUCAUGAAGACAGCUGCUGGAUGUGUGCUUGCUUUGAACCACAACAUAAACAGUUCUUAUGACAGUCCGCAAUGGUACUUUGGAGCUCCUCUUUUUAUGGAAUAUUGUAUUACCUUCGAUUACACGGGAAAGCAACUAGGAUUUGCUCGAGCAAAGUAUGGCAACAAUACCACAACUUUCAAACCAGUCACAACAGCGCCAUUCACACCAUCAACGAAGAAGAACGCGCCUAUACUCCGCUUCAAAGCGUUUUUAGUGUCAAUUCUCAUAUUAUUUUAUUGAAUGCAAAACAACCUAAAGCUUGUUGAAUUGAAAAAAAAAAUA